UUUUUUUAUUAAAAACAAUAAGUAGAAGUAGGGAACAUGAUAAAAAUUCUUUGAUAUAUUUUAUAUAACUAUUUUUUGUAAACCUCACUAUGGAGCCAACAGAAACUAGUAGAUCAGAAACUGCGGAGGCUAGCAGGCACCCGCAGGAAGAGCUAUAUAUGCGGUUGGGACCGCAAAAGAAGGGCAAGGAUUCAAAAAGAAGAAAAAAGAAAUCUAAAAGUAAAAUGCAAUCAUGUGGCAGUUGCCCUGGAUAUAUGUUUUCCAAUGCUGGUGACGAUGAUUUUUCCGAUUCUGAGUCAACUGAAAUUGAAUCUUCUACUGAUGAAGAAGAGCGGUGGAAAGAUGUAGCUCGCACGAGUGAAAUUCCCGUCGAUUAUUACAACAUACAAAAAUUGGUUAAAUAUAUUAAAGCUGGCAAUCAGACUGCAACCAUAGUCUCACUUUGCUGCCUGAAGGAUUACAAUCUUAAGGUACAAAUUAAUCAGUUUGCAAUACAAGAUAUGGGAGGUCUUGAAGUUUUGGUAAACAUUCUUGAAUCGAAUGAUAGUAAGUGCCGCCUGGGCGCGUUAUCUGUUUUGGCCGAUAUAUCUCUCAAUAUCGAUAUACGUAAAACAAUCGUCGAUUUGGAUGGUGUUCCAUUAUUAGUAGAUAUAUUAAGUACAUCACAUAAAGACCUUAAAACAAUGGCAGCUGAAACUAUAGCAAAUAUAGCUAAAGUAAGAUUAGCUAGAAAAUAUAUUCGAACAUGUGGCGGAAUACCUAAAUUGGUUGAUCUCCUUGAUGUCAGAUUACAUAUUUUACAGAAUCCAAGGGAAAACCUAACGCUCGAAGAACAGGACUUAUUGUUUAUGGCUAGAGCAGGUGCACGUGCUUUAUGGUCGUUAUCAGAUUCUCGACAUAACAAAGAACAAAUGCGAAGAAGCGGUAUUGUACCUCUAAUGGCUCGUUUAUUAAAAUCUGUACAUAUUGAUAUUGUUAUACCAAUAAUGGGCACUAUACAGAAAUGUGCCUCACAGCCAAAAUUUCAAUUAGCCAUUACAUCUGAAAACAUGGUGUCUGAUAUAAUUAAGCACUUAAACACUCAAAACUUAGAUCUGAAAAUGGAAGGUAGCACUGCGAUUUUUAAAUGUGCCUUUGAUCCAACUACUCGUCAGCUAGUACAUGAAUCAAAUGGAAUUGAACCACUGGUAGGCAUCAUCAAAGAUAAAACCUUACGAGAUUAUAGAGCACUGAUGGUUGGAACAACAGGCGCGCUGUGGAUGUGUGCCGCUUCCGAAAACAAUGUUAAGAGAUUAGACAGUUUGCGUGCAAUGCCACACUUAGUAAAUCUUCUAACGCAUGACGAUGACGAGGUGUUAACAAAUACUGUAGGCUGUAUCAGUGAAGUUCUUCGAUAUCCUGUUAACCGUGAUGGCUUUAGAGCUAUUGGUGGUAUACCUCCACUUAUAACUUUGUUGAACUCUUCGUGUCCGCCUUUAUUAGAAAAUCUGUCUAAAGCUGUCAAAGAAAUAGCGGAUGAUCCCGACAGCAUGCGCGUUCUUGAAAAAUAUGACGCAGUUCGUCUUGUCUGGUCUCUUUUGAAAAACCCUAAUCCUCGUGUACAAACUUACGCUGCUUACGCUAUAUGUCCUUGCGUAAAAAAUGCACUCGAACCUGGUGAGAUGGUGCGUAGUUUGGUUGGUGCAAUGGAGUUAUUGGUCAUACUACUUAAAAGUGAGCAUGUAACUGUCUUAUCUGCUGUUUGCGCUGCUAUUGCUACAAUCGCAAAAGACACUGUUAAUUUAUCAAUUUUAACUGAUCUCAAAGUUAUCUACAAAUUAUCGAAAUUAGUUCAUACUGAGGAUGAUCUUUUGCGGGAGAAUCUAGCCGACGCUGUUGCUAGCUGUGCUGCCUUUGACCAUAAUACAGAGCUAUUAGGACGGUUACACACUGUAACACCAAUCGUAACAUAUCUAACAAGCGAUAGCCCAGCUGUGCAUAGGACGACUGCAAUGGCUUUGGAACAACUUUCGAAAGAUCCACAAAACUGCAUUACUAUGCACCAAAGCGGAGUUGUGCCAUUCUUGUUAGAGUGUAUUAGUUCAAAUAAUAAGGACCUUCAGUUAGCUGCUGCUGGUUGUUUGAAGAACAUAAGAGAAUUGGCGCUUCGUACUGAGGAAUACUUUUUGAAGCUCGAUGAAGACAAGUGAAUUUUCGUUGCGCGUUGUUCAUAUUGGAUAAUAUGUGGACAAUUUGAAAUUAAGUUAAUAAAAAUUUACGUUCUCUAAUUUAAAUUAAGGUGCAAACAUGCAUAUUAAGAUUUCUCUGAUUUAUUGGGUAAAAUGUUAAUAAAACAAAAGUUAAAACCCGGCAAGAUA